AUGGGCGAUAUCAAGUCAGGAGGUGCCGGUGUGGUUCUCGACCACGAUGUCCUUGGGGAGAAGGCUGGUCUCUCGCACGAUGAGGCCAUGCAUUUUGGCGCCCUCACCGAGGAGGAGCUUGCCAUCGAGAAGAAACUUGUCCGCAAGAUCGAUUUCCGGAUCAUGCCCUUGAUUGUGCUCGUCUACUUGAUGAACUACAUUGAUCGGAACAACUAUGCCGCCGCUCGGUUGCAGGGUCUCGAGGAUGACUUGGGCUUGCAUGGUGAUCAGUAUCAGACUGGUCUUUCCAUCCUCUUCGUCAGCUACAUCUUGGCUCAAGUGCCGUCCAACCUCUUACUCAACCACCUCGGCCGUCCUUCUCUAUACCUAGGCUUCUUCGUAUGCGCCUGGGGCCUCGUAUCGGCGUUGACUUCUCAAGUCAAGAGCUAUGGCGGAAUUGUCGCCUGUCGUUUUGUGCUUGGUUUGGUCGAGGCUCCCUUCUUCCCAGGUGUCCUCUUCUACCUCUCCAGGUGGUACACCAAGAAGGAAUUGAACCUCCGAAUGUCCAUCUUCUAUUCCGGUUCCCUCAUCAGCGGUGCAUUUGGCAACCUUAUCGCUGCUGGUAUUCUCAGUGGUUUGGCUGGCGAAAUGGGCAUGUCCGCAUGGCAAUGGCUUUAUGUCAUUGAAGGUUCCAUCACAUGUUUCAUCGGCCUGGUCAUUUGCUUUGUCCUCCCCGACUUCCCCAGCACCUGGAAGCGUCUGCCCGAAGAGAUGAAACAUGUGGCGAACCGCCGCCUCGCGAUCGAAGCCGCCGAAGCCGACGUCGAUGAAGAAGGAGGCAUGUCGCAGUGGAAGGGCUUCAAACUCGCCAUGACCGACUCCAAGACCUACAUGCUCGCCAUCGCCUACAUGUGCAUCACCGGGGCCGCCGGGUUCCAAAACUUCUUCCCAACGCUCACCGCCACUUUGGGUUACAACCACAUCAUCUCGCUCCUCCUCUGCGCACCCCCCUACAUGUUCAUGGUUUUCUACUCGUUCGCGCACUCGGUCGUCUCGGACCGCAUGGAGAACCGCUUCUGGUUCUUCAUGUACCCGAUCCCGAUCACCAUCGUCGGCUGGAUCAUCUUCAUGACCACCGACACCUUUGGGCCCCGCUACUUCUCCCUCUUCCUCAUGAUCUUCGUCUUCGCCAUGAACGGCACCUGCUACGCGUGGAUCGCCUCGGCCAUCCCGCGCCCACCGGCAAAGCGCGCCGCAGCGUACGCCUUUAUCAACUCGAUCGGCAACUCGGCAUCCAUCUGGACACCCUAUACGUACCGCGACCAGGACAAACCCUACUACCGUCUCGCCCUGGGCAUCAACAUCGGCCUGCAAGCCGUGGCGGCAAUCAUGGGCGUCAGCAUGCGCAUCGUGUUGACGAGACAGAACAAGCGCCUCGAGAGGAUGGAGGAUGAAGACACGCCCUUGACGGAUCGCGAUCUGGCGAAACUGAGAAGGACCGCGGAGAUUGAGGGCAUUGAUCUCGCUGCUGCGAGACGGUUGCAGAAGGGCUAUAGGUAUAUGAUUUGA